AUGGAUACUGCUUUCAAGACUUGGGAGCUUGACAACAACGUCCAGCUCGUGGAUCCCAACCGCGACGCCCUCUACACCUACGACCCCAAAGAACAAAGAGCCAUCCAAGAUGCCAAACCAUGGAAGACCGACCCUCACCACUUCAAAAAUGUCCGGAUAUCCGCUGUCGCUCUUCUGAAAAUGGUUAUGCACGCCCGCUCUGGAGGUUCUAUCGAAGUUAUGGGCUUAAUGCAGGGAAAGAUUGCGGGCGAUACUAUCAUCGUCACAGAUGCAUUCCGCCUGCCUGUCGAAGGGACGGAAACUAGGGUGAAUGCUCAAGACGAAGCGAAUACAUAUAUGGUGGAGUACCUACAACACUGUAGAGAUCAGGGCAAGUUGGAGAAUGCUGUAGGCUGGUAUCAUAGUCACCCAGGCUAUGGUUGUUGGUUGAGUGGCAUUGAUGUCGGGACGCAAGCGACGCAACAGAUGUUUUCGGACCCUUUCCUUGCUGUGGUUAUUGAUCCUGAUCGCACUAUCUCUGCUGGGAAAGUCGAGAUCGGGGCAUUCAGAACCUAUCCUGAUAAUUACAAGCCUGUGGAUGCAGGGUCUGGAGAUGGAUAUCAAACGAUUCCACUUGCAAAGAUUGAAGAUUUUGGUGCACACAGCAGCCGAUAUUACUCUUUGGAGGUCUCACAUUUCAAGAGUUCAUUAGACACGCAUCUUUUGGAGUUAUUAUGGAACAAAUAUUGGGUUCAGACAUUGAGUCAAAGUCCUUUAUUCACCAACCGCGAAUACAGCAGCAAACAGAUGCUCGACUUGAGCUCCAAGAUUCGACAAGCUAGUUCUGGUAUUAUCCGUGGUGGGAGAACACCUGCUGGAUCAUCGUUAAGCAAAGGGAUGGAUCAACAACUAAUGAAGGUAGUCAAGGAUAGUAGCAAGAUUGCCGGUGAAGAGAUGACGGGUUUGAAGGCUGGCGAAGUCAAGGCACAGCUGUUCAAUGGGUUAGGCGAGGCACCGAAGGCCACAGCUGCUCCACUUGCUCCGGCGGUGACGGCCGCAGAAUGA